AUGUCGACUGAAGAGAUUCCCAAGAAAGCAGUUCGUGCUCUAAGAACAAGAAUUCAAGUUGUCAGAGAUCAUUUGGAACCUCUCAUGGCACGACCUUUGAAUGAAACUUAUUCAAAGCUAUCAAUGACAGAAAAAUAUGAACUACAAGUGCUGUUGUCUUAUACCUUGAACACUUUAUAUUACAUUUAUUUAAGAGGAAAUGGAUCAGAUCCUCAGAAACAUGUUGUGUUGAAAGAAUUGCAACGAGUACAACGAUACAUUCAGAAGCUAAAGGAACAUCAAGGAAAAGAACAAAAGCCAAACAUGAAAGUGGAUAAGGACGCAGCUGGCCGGUUUGUUAAAGCAGCUCUAAGUGAAAAUGAAGACAAUAAGGGAAAGAAGAGAAGGACGGAGGAAUUGAUUGUGAUAGAAAGCUCUUCAGAUGAUGAAAAAGAGUCAAAGAUAUCUACUAAAAAGAAGGCAAGACUUGUUAUGGAUCCAUUUGCAGGCUAUGAUAAAAAAUAA